AAUGCGUAAAACAGCUUACGCAAUUAGUUUGGCAUUAAUAAGUUACCUAAUUGUCAUUUGAAUCGAAAGCUAACAAGUCCAACGUUCCGCGAUACGAAUUAGUUACCAAAGCGCUGACGCCGGGAUCGCACAGAUAAUCGCCAUGUUUUCCCAGAUAUGGGACUUUAUGAGGACACCCUCGGAGGAUGUGAAACUGCCGCUCUUGGGCAGCCACUGGCCUAUCCUGACCAUUAUAGGCACAUACUUGUUACUUGUGAAAGUGAUUGGCCCGAAGUUUAUGGAGAAUCGAGAGCCAUUCGAUCUUCGCGCUGUGAUCAAAGUUUACAACAAAAUGCAAAUCGUGUACAAUCUCCUCAUGUUCGUAUUUACCAUCCACUUUAUGUUUGGCCCAGGAAACUUUGAUUUACGGUGCAUCCGGAACUUGCCCAUGGAUCAUGAGUACAAGAACUGGGAGCGCAUCCUGUGCUACUCAUACUUUGUGAAUAAAUUCAUAGACAUGCUGGAGACGUUCUUCUUCAUCCUGCGAAAGAAGGAUCGCCAGAUAUCCUUCCUGCACGUCUUCCACCACGUCUACAUGAUGUACAUACCCUUUUUUUAUAUACACUAUAUAGGCUAUGGGGGCCACGGCCUCUUCGUUGUCUUCUGGAAUAUGCUCGUGCACAGCAUUAUGUACAUAUACUAUUACCAGUCAUCCCUCAAUCGGAAUUCAAAGGCUGUUCUUUGGUGGAAGAAGUACAUGACCACCAUCCAGUUGAUCCAGUUCGUUAUCGUCCUGUUGCACAGUAUCUAUACCCUCUUUCAGCCCGACUGUGAAAUCGCCAAACUCUCAUCGGUUUUGUGCGCAAUUUUUGCCGUUGUAUUCCUUAUAUUAUUUAUUAACUUUUACAUUAGCACUUAUAUUCUUCCAAAACAGAAGAAGAGAUUAGAAUAGAGGCAUGGCAAGUACAAAAAAAUUCGUAGAUAAUGAAUACGAAUAAAUUAUGAAUAAAUAAAGUUCAGAUCUUAUUAUGUUAUGAUUUCCGAAUAAUAA